UUGGUUUUCGUUUUAGCUUUGCCGCCAAUUACGUAUAUGUCUAUAUGAGUUUUCUCUCAGAGUUUUGCCGCCACAUUUCGGAAGUGCUGAAGUAUUGUUUAUUAUGGUAGGGAAAGCAGGCAGCGAGGAAACGACAAAAGAAAACUUGCCAUGGGUUGAAAAAUAUCGACCAAAAACUCUUGAUGAUCUGAUAUCACAUGAUGAUAUUGUUAAAACAAUUAACAGAUUCAUUAAAGAGGACCAGCUCCCACAUUUGCUCUUUUAUGGCCCUCCUGGAACAGGCAAAACUAGUACCAUUCUUGCUUGUGCCAGGCAACUGUACCCGCCUAAACAGUUUUCAUCAAUGGUUUUGGAGUUAAAUGCAUCAGACGACAGAGGAAUUGGGAUUGUUCGUGGGCAGAUCCUCAGUUUUGCUAGUACAAGAACCAUUUUCAGUGCUGGGCACAAGCUUAUUAUCCUUGAUGAAGCUGAUGCAAUGACAAAUGAUGCACAGAAUGCUCUGAGACGAAUCAUAGAAAAAUUUACAGAAAAUGUGAGGUUCUGCAUUAUAUGUAACUAUCUCGGCAAAAUAAUCCCAGCCCUCCAGUCUCGAUGUACAAGAUUCAGGUUCGGUCCUCUGGAUUCAAGUCAGGUCAUGUCACGCCUUAAUUUUGUCAUUGAACAAGAGAAGGUUGACUGUACAGAGGAUGGGAAGAAGGCAUUAUUAACACUUUCAGGAGGUGAUAUGCGAAAAGUUCUCAACAUAUUACAAAGCACCUCAAUGGCAUAUGGGAAGGUAACCGAGGACAAUGUCUAUACAUGUGUUGGCCAUCCUCUCAAAAAUGACAUUGCAAAUAUUGUGAAAUGGCUGCUUAAUGAUGAAUUUGCAGACUGCUAUAGGAGACUUAAGGACAUUAAAAUGGCUAAGGGCUUGGCACUACAAGACAUAUUAACAGAAGUUCAUCACUUUGUACAUAGAAUUGAAUUUCCAGCUUCAGCACUAAACACUUUGCUAAUAAAAAUGGCAGAUAUUGAAUACAGGCUAGCUACUGGCACAAGUGAAAAUGUUCAAAUCAGUGCUUUGAUGGCAGCCUUCUUUGAAGCACGAGAAAUUGUGCCAUCUGAGGCUUCUUGAUAGUUUUAUGGGUGAGAUACCUGUGAAGCUGUUGGAUCCAGAGUCUCAGAAGGCUUUAGGAGAUAUUGAUGAAGGAAAAAUAUGAGUUUGGCACCAAGCUGUUCCAUGCUAUUACCAUUUAUUAUUUACUUUCGCAUUGUUAUUUGCUGUAAUGUAUACAAUUUCAAUGCUGUAAAAUAAAAAAAGACUGUUUAAAUUGUA